UUUGUUUCUCACCAGUACCCUUCCUAUGGUUAUGAACCCAUGGGUGGAUGGCUGCACCACCAAAUCAUUCCCGUGCUGUCCCAGCAGAAUUCCCCAAAUCAAGCCCUGCAGCCUCAUCACCACAUUCCCAUGGUGCCAGGUCAGCAGCCUGUGGUCCCCCAGCAACCAAUGAUGUCAGUUCCUGGCCAACACUCCAUGACUCCAACCCAACACCACCAGGCAAACCUCCCUCUGCCUGCCCAGCAGCCCUUCCAGACACAGCCCAUCCAGCCACAGCCUCACCAGCCCAUCCAGCCACAGCCACCCAUACACCCCAUCCAGCCCCUGCUGCCACAGCCACCUCUGCCUCCGAUGUUCCCCAUACAGCCCCUGCCCCCCAUGCUUCCUGAUCUACCUCUGGAAGCUUGGCCAGCAACAGACAAGACCAAGCGGGAGGAAGUGGUGAGUAUCCCUUGUAGCCACCACAACAUCUGA